CACGGGGCAGGUCAAACUGGAGAGUGGACAGAGGACGGUUCUGAGGAGCCUGCUGGAGGCGUGUUUCGAAUUUCGGCGCAGCAUGAGGACCCAGACAGCUCACAGAAUUCCUGAGUUCUAUGGUCUGCAGACAGUUUUAGAACCUCUGCUCCGGGACCCUGGCCAUGGAGGGACCCCAGGAGCUUCUGAGUGGGAAGCUCCAGCUCUGCUUCACCCCGGCUGCCCGGACCAGCCUCCUACUGCUCAGGCUCAACGACGCAGCGCUGCGGGCGCUGCAGGAGUGUCAUCAGCAACAGGUUCGGCCGGUGAUUGCUUUCCAAGGGAACCGAGGGUACCUGAGGCUCCCAGGUCCCCACUGGUCCUGCCUCUUUUCCUUCAUAGCGUCUCAGUGUGGCCAGGAGGGCGCUGGUGGUCCUGGCUUGGACCUUGUAUGCCAACGCCUAGGCAGGUCUGGGCCUAACCGUCUCCACUGCCUGGGUCCACUCAGGGAGCGCCUCACGAUUUGGGCAGCUAUGGAUUCUAUCCCAGCUCCAUCUUCAGUUCAGAGACACAACCGGACUGGAGAUGCCAGGGAUCGUGAGAGCUGGAAGAGUGUGGGAGACUAUCCUGAAGGAGACACAAUUUCACAGUCACAGAUGGCACUAGAAGAGGUGCCAGAACCACUGGCAAGCAGCCAAGGACAGUCACUCCCAGGAUCCUCGAGGGAGCACAUGGCACAGUGGGAAGUGAGGAACCAGACCCUUCUUCCAAACAGAGAUCCUGAUCAGGCGCUGCCUCCAUCUGCUAGCCAGAAACAUGUGGACAAGAAACGUCCAGCGCCUGCAGCUAUGGUAGAACUAAAACAAAAGAGGCUCAGAACUCUAGCUCCAAGUCCCCUACAAGGACUGCCCAGUCAGGACUUACAGGAGGAAGACUGGGAGCAAGAAGAUAAAGAUGAAGAUGUGGGUCCCAGGCUGGAGCACAGUCCCUCAGUUCAAGCAGAUUCUGAAUCCCCAAACCCUGAAGAAGUACCAGAUUACCUCCUGCAAUACAGGGCCAUCCACAGCGCAGAACAGCAACAUGCCUACGAGCAGGACUUUGAGACAGAUUAUGCUGAAUACCGCAUCCUGCAUGCUCGUGUUGGGGCUGCAAGCCAAAGGUUCAUAGAGCUGGCAGCUGAGAUGAACAGUGUUCAGCGAGGAACUCCAGAACACAAGGUGCUGGAAGAAAAGAUAGUCCAGGAAUAUAAAAAGUUCAGGAAGCGGUACCCAGGUUACAGGGAAGAGAAGCGCCGCUGUGAGUACUUGCAUCAGAAACUGUCCCACAUCAAAGGUCUCAUCUUGGAGUUUGAGGAAAAGAACAGGGGCAGCUGAAGCGGACACAUGGCUCUUUACCCUAGUGUGAUAUGGAAGAAAACAGCAGCUAUUAACUAAGAGGACAGUUGUCUGCUCUUCGUAUUGUUGAGUCCGUAAUGGCAAGUAGGAGAGCUGCUCUAGGUUCUUGAAGUUUGGUUUUCAUUAUUACCAUAUUUAAACUUUUAGGGCAUGGGCACAGUGCCAAGACUCCACAGCUGUGCCCAGGAGUUAUCCAGUAACUGAAAACUAUGAAAAGUAGCAGAGGCUUGGCUUUUCCACCUUUAGUUCAGCCAAGUCAUUUUCAAAUCCUGAGAAGUGACACCAUCUCCAAGACAAGAUACCUUGAGAACAUUAGAAUUUACCUGGUAGCCUCCCUGAAAAAAUCUUUGGUAACAAAGCUAAAGGAACUAGUAAUACAACAGGAUAUGAUGGGAAAGGGCUUGGGUGUUACCCAUGUACUAGAAGUGAAUUCUUUUACAAACACGGCUAAAAAAAUUAAAACUGAUUGCUUCUGUGUCAA